AUGAUGUGUGCAGCGACCGCCUCCCCAGCCGCCGCCUCCUCGGGUCUCGGCGUGGAGGGAGGAUUCUUCCCCGUGUCCUGCCCGGCGCCUGGGGCGCUGCUGAUGUCCGGACCCGAGGGCUCCGCGGCCGCCGCGGCAGCGGCCGCUGCAGCCGCCGCCGCUUUGGGGCUCGGGCUGACACUUGCCGAUUCACGGAGCCACUACCAGCUGCUGCUGUCGGGCCGGGCCCUGGCCGACCGCUACCGGAGGAUCUACACUGCCGCGGUCAGCGAUCGCGAGCAGGGAGGCAGCGGCGCGGGGCACCCGGGCUCCAGGAGUAAGAAAAUUUUAAAUAAGAAAAAGCUGAAAAGGAAACAGAAGACUAAAUCAAAAGUGAAAACAAGAAGCAAGUCUGAAAACUUGGAGAACACAGUUAUCAUACCAGAUAUCAAGCUGCACAGCAAUCCAUCUGCUUUCAACGUGUAUUGCAAUGUACGCCAUUGUGUUCUGGAGUGGCAGAAGAAGGAAACAUCUUUGGUAGCUGCAUCAAAGAGCUCUGUGCAGAGUGGUGACUCAGACAGUGAUGAAGAAGAAGAAUCUAGAGAACCACCUGUCAAGCUUCCCAAGAUCAUUGAAGUUGGACUUUGUGAAGUUUUUGAGUUGAUCAAAGAGACACGGUUUUCUCAUCCAUCCCUGUGUCUUAGGAGUCUGCAAGCUCUGCUUAAUGUGUUGCAGGGUCAACAGCCAGAAGGCCUCCAGUCAGAACCACCUGAGGUUCUUGAGUCUCUUUUCCAGCUCCUUUUGGAAAUUACUGUUCGAAGUACUGGAAUGAGCGAUAGUACAGGACAGUCCCUGACUGCACUUUCUUGUGCUUGUCUAUUUAGCCUGGUAGCUUCUUGGGGGGAAACAGGAAGAACUCUUCAGGCUAUAUCUGCUAUCCUCACUAACAAUGGCAGCCAUGCUUGCCAAACCAUUCAGGUGCCAACAAUUCUAAACUCUCUCCAAAGGAGUGUACAAGCUGUUUUGGUGGGCAAAAUUCAAAUUCAAGACUGGUUUAGCAAUGGUAUUAAGAAGGCAGCAUUGAUGCACAAGUGGCCUUUGAAAGAAAUUUCUGUAGAUGAAGAUGACCAAUGCCUACUUCAGAAUGAUGGGUUUUUUCUCUAUUUGUUAUGCAAGGAUGGAUUAUACAAAAUUGGCUCUGGAUACAGUGGAACAGUGAGGGGUCAUAUAUACAAUUCUACAUCCCGCAUCAAAAACAGAAAAGAAAAAAAGUCUUGGUUAGGGUAUGCUCAGGGUUAUUUGUUAUAUAGAGAUAUGAAUAAUCACGGCAUGACAGCCAUAAGAAUAAACCCUGAAACACUGGAACAAGAUGGUACUGUAACAUUGCCAGAUUGCCACACAGAAGGACAGAAUAUUUUAUUCACUGAUGGAGAAUAUAUUAAUCAAAUAGCUGCUUCAAGAGAUGAUGGCUUCGUCGUUAGAAUAUUUGCAACAAGCACUGAACCUGUACUUCAGCAAGAAUUGCAGCUCAAACUUGCCAGAAAAUGUUUACAUGCCUGUGGCAUCUCCUUAUUUGAUCUGGAGAAAGACUUGCACAUUAUAAGUACAGGAUUUGAUGAGGAGUCAGCUGUACUGGGUGCAGGACGUGAGUUUGCACUUAUGAAAACUGCUAGUGGAAAGAUAUAUUACACAGGCAAGUACCAGAGCCUAGGAAUCAAACAAGGUGGGCCUUCAGCAGGAAAAUGGGUUGAGCUGCCAAUUACUAAAUCUCCAAAGAUAGUUCAGUUUUCAGUCGGCCAUGAUGGUUCCCAUGCUCUGUUAGUUGCAGAGGAUGGAAGCAUAUUCUUCACAGGAUCUGCCAGUAAAGGAGAAGAUGGAGAGUCAACUAAAAGCAGACGGCAAUCCAAACCAUACAAGCCUAAAAAAAUCAUUAAAAUGGAAGGAAAAAUUGUGGUAUACACAGCAUGCAAUAAUGGAAGUAGUUCUGUCAUAUCUAAAGAUGGAGAACUCUACAUGUUUGGGAAAGACGCCAUUUAUUCCGACAGUUCAAGUUUGGUAACUGAUUUGAAGGGCCAUUUUGUAACUCAGGUAGCCAUGGGAAAGGCUCAUACUUGUGUCUUAAUGAAGAAUGGGGAAGUUUGGACAUUUGGUGUAAAUAACAAAGGACAGUGUGGACGAGAUACAGGCUCCAUGAACCAAGGAGGGAAAGGUUUUGGAAUUGAAAACAUGGCAACAGCAAUGGAUGAAGACUUGGAAGAAGAACUAGAUGAGAAAGAUGAGAAAUCCAUGAUGUGUCCUCCAGGCAUGCACAAAUGGAAACUUGAGCAGUGCAUGGUUUGUACUGUCUGUGGAGACUGUACAGGUUAUGGAGCCAGUUGUGUCAGUAGUGGACGGCCAGACAGAGUCCCUGGAGGGAUCUGUGGCUGUGGUUCUGGGGAAUCUGGCUGUGCUGUGUGUGGCUGUUGUAAAGCCUGUGCAAGAGAAUUAGAUGGUCAGGAGGCAAGACAAAGAGGAAUUCUUGAUGCUGUGAAAGAAAUGAUACCUUUAGAUCUUUUAUUAGCUGUCCCUGUACCUGGAGUUAACAUUGAAGAACACCUUCAGUUGCGGCAAGAAGAAAAACGACAGCGUGUAAACAGGAGGCAUAGAUUGGAGGAAGGCAGAGGCCCCCUUGUAUUUCCUGGUCCUAUUUUUAUGAACCAUCGAGAACAGGCUCUAGCCAGACUCAGACCCCAUCCAGCACAGCUAAAGCAUAAACGGGACAAGCACAAAGAUGGAAGUGGAGAAAGAGGAGAGAAAGAUGCAAGCAAAAUCACAACAUAUCCUCCAGGCUCUGUCCGUUUUGACUGUGAACUCCGAGCAGUACAAGUCAGCUGUGGAUUUCAUCAUUCAGUGGUUUUGAUGGAAAAUGGUGAUGUUUAUACAUUUGGAUAUGGGCAGCAUGGCCAGCUGGGACAUGGAGAUGUUAAUUCCAGGGGAUGUCCUACUCUAGUACAAGCUUUGCCGGGGCCUAGUACACAAGUAACUGCAGGCAGUAACCAUACAGCAAUACUUUUAAUGGAUGGACAAGUCUUCACAUUUGGGAGUUUCUCUAAAGGACAACUUGGCAGACCAAUUUUGGAUAUGCCUUAUUGGAAUGCAAAACCUGCUUCCAUGCCCAAUAUUGGAUCAAAAUAUGGACGCAAGGCUACUUGGAUUGGAGCAAGCGGGGACCAAACUUUCUUGCGCAUUGAUGAAGCACUUAUAAACUCCCAUGUACUUGCUACAUCAGAGAUUUUUGCCAGCAGACACAUAAUAGGCUUAAUACCUGCUUCUAUAUCAGAACCUCCUCCGUUUAAAUGUCUCCUGAUAAAUAAAGUAGAUGGAAGUUGUAAGACAUUUAAUGAUUCUGAGCAGGAGGAUCUACAGGGGUUUGGUGUAUGUCUUGAUCCUGUUUAUGAUGUUAUUUGGAGAUUUCGACCAAAUGCUAAAGAAUUGUGGUGCUACAAUGCUGUAGUUGCUGACUCCAGGCUUCUUCCUUCUGCACCAGACAUGCAAUCAAGAUGUAGUAUACUGAGCCCUGAACUUGCUUUGCCUACAGGAUCAAGAGCUCUUACAACUAGGUCCCAUGCAGCUUUGCACAUCCUUGGUUGCCUUGAUACAUUGGCAGCCAUGCAGGAUUUAAAAAUGGGUAUAGCAAGUACAGAGGAAGAGACUCAAGCGGUAAUGAAAGUUUACUCCAAGGAAGAUUACAGCGUGGUGAAUAGAUUUGAAAGUCAUGGAGGAGGCUGGGGUUACUCUGCUCAUUCAGUUGAAGCAAUUCGUUUCAGUGCUGACACCGAUAUUUUACUGGGGGGUCUUGGUCUUUUUGGAGGUAGAGGAGAAUAUACUGCUAAAAUAAAGUUGUUUGAAUUGGGUCCAGAUGGAGGAGAUCAUGAAACUGAUGGUGACCUUCUUGCAGAGACUGAUGUCUUGGCAUAUGACUGUGCUGCUAGAGAAAAAUAUGCCAUGAUGUUCGAUGAACCAGUUCUUCUACAAGCUGGCUGGUGGUAUGUUGCAUGGGCUCGUGUAUCAGGACCUAGCAGUGACUGUGGAUCUCACGGACAGGCCUCUAUUACCACAGAUGAUGGGGUUCUUUUCCAAUUUAAGAGUUCAAAGAAAUCAAACAAUGGUACAGAUGUUAACGCAGGACAGAUACCUCAGUUAUUAUACAGGCUCCCAACCAGUGAUGGCAGUGCUUCAAAAGGUAAACAGCAAACCACUGAACCUGUGCAUAUUUUAAAGCGAUCUUUUGCAAGAACAGUCUCCACGGAAUGCUUUGAGUCAUUGUUGAGCAUCCUUCAUUGGAGUUGGACCACUUUAGUUUUAGGAGUAGAAGAACUUCGGGGAUUAAAAGGAUUCCAGUAUACCGCUACCCUUCUUGAUUUAGAGAGAUUGCGUUUUGUGGGUACUUGUUGUCUAAGGCUGUUACGUGUCUAUACCUGUGAGAUUUACCCUAUGUCAGCUACUGCUAAAGCAGUUGUAGAGGAAACAAGUAAAUUAGCAGAGUGUAUUGGGAAAACAAGAACUUUGCUACGAAAAAUUUUGUCUGAAGGAGUUGAUCACUGCAUGGUCAAGUUGGAUAAUGAUCCCCAAGGGUAUCUCAGUCAGCCAUUGAGUCUUCUGGAGGCUGUCCUUCAGGAGUGUCAUAAUACCUUCACAGCCUGCUUUCAUUCUUUCUACCCAACCCCUGCCCUGCAGUGGGCUUGCCUUUGUGAUCUCCUGAAUUGUUUGGAUCAGGAUAUCCAAGAAGCAAAUUUCAAGACAUCAAGUAGUCGACUGCUUGCAGCUGUUAUGUCAGCUUUAUGUCACACAUCUGUCAAGUUGACCUCUAUCUUUCCCAUUGCCUAUGAUGGAGAAGUAUUACUUCGAUCCAUUGUUAAACAAGUCAGUACUGAAAAUGACUCUGCCCUGGCUCACCGGUUUCCUCUGUUGGUAGCACACAUGGAAAAACUCAGUCAGAGUGAGGAGAAUGUCUCUGGAAUGACAAGCUUUCGUGAAGUUCUGGAGAAGAUGUUAGUUAUUGUUGUGUUACCGGUCAGAAAUAGCCUAAGACGAGAAAACGAACUCUUCUCCUCUCAUCUAGUCUCUAAUACUUGUGGAUUACUUGCCAGUAUUGUGAGUGAACUUACAGCAUCAGCCCUUGGAUCUGAGGUUGAUGGACUUAACUCUCUUCAUUCUGUCAAAUCCAGUGCCAACCGAUUUACUAAAACAAGUCAAGGAAGAAGUUGGAAUACUGGAAAUGGGUCUCCUGACGCAAUCUGUUUUUCUGUAGACAAACCUGGUAUAGUUGUGGUUGGCUUUUCUGUCUAUGGAGGAGGAGGAAUUCAUGAAUAUGAAUUAGAGGUCUUAGUUGAUGAUAGUGAGCAUGCAGGAGAUUCAACUCAUUCACACAGAUGGACAUCCUUGGAAUUAGUCAAAGGAACCUAUACAACUGAUGAUUCCCCUAGUGACAUAGCUGAAAUUAGACUUGAUAAAGUUGUUCCUUUAAAAGAAAAUGUGAAAUAUGCUGUUCGUUUAAGGAAUUAUGGAAGCCGUACAGCCAAUGGAGAUGGAGGAAUGACCACAGUCCAGUGUCCUGAUGGUGUAACAUUUACAUUCAGUACAUGUAGUUUAAGUAGUAAUGGCACAAACCAAACAAGAGGACAAAUUCCACAAAUCCUUUACUAUAGGAGUGAAUAUGAUGGAGAUUUGCAGUCUCAACUUUUGAGUAAAGCUAAUGAAGAAGAUAAAAACUGUAGUAGAGCUCUUUCUGUUGUGAGUACUGUGGUUAGAGCAGCUAAAGACCUCCUGCACAGAGCUCUUGCUGUAGAUGCUGAUGACAUUCCAGAAUUGCUUAGUUCUUCCAGUCUAUUUUCCAUGCUGCUUCCUCUUAUAAUAGCCUACAUAGGACCCGUAGCUGCAGCUAUUCCCAAGGUGGCUGUAGAAGUCUUUGGCCUUGUCCAGCAAUUGCUUCCUUCCGUUGCCAUUUUAAAUCAAAAAUAUGCACCCCCUGCAUUCAAUCCUAAUCAAUCAACAGAUAGCACCACAGGAAACCAGCCUGAACAAGGACUUUCAGCUUGUACUACCUCUAAUCACUAUGCUGUCAUAGAGAGUGAACAUCCCUAUAAACCCGCAUGUGUUAUGCACUAUAAGGUGACCUUCCCAGAGUGUGUAAGAUGGAUGACAAUCGAGUUUGAUCCUCAGUGUGGUACUGCACAAUCAGAAGAUGUUCUCCGUUUGUUGAUUCCUAUUAGAACUUUUCAGAACUCUGGAUUUGGACCAAAGGUGAAUUCUGUUCAUGAAAACCUCAAUUCAUGGAUAGAAUUAAAGAAAUUUUCAGGAUCUUCUGGAUGGCCAACUAUGGUUUUAGUCUUGCCAGGAAACGAAGCCCUUUUUUCAUUAGAGACCGCAUCAGAUUAUGUGAAAGAUGACAAGGCUUCGUUUUAUGGUUUCAAGUGUUUUGCAAUUGGAUAUGAAUUUAGUCCUGGUUCUGAUGAGGGAAUCAUUCAGUUGGAAAAAGAAUUAGCUAAUCUUGGUGGGGUUUGUGCAGCAGCUUUAAUGAAAAAGGAUCUAGCACUUCCUAUUGGUAAUGAAUUGGAGGAAGAUCUUGAAAUUCUUGAAGAGGCUGCUCUGCAGGUGUGCAAAACUCAUUCUGGUAUUCUUGGAAAAGGUUUAGCCCUUUCUCAUUCACCAACUAUACUGGAAGCUCUUGAAGGAAGCUUGCCACUUCAGAUUCAAAGCAAUGAACAAUCAUUUUUGGAAGAUUUCAUUGCCUGUGUUCCAGGAUCAAGUGGGGGACGACUUGCAAGGUGGCUUCAGCCAGAUUCUUAUGCUGAUCCUCAGAAAACAUCAUUGAUUCUCAAUAAAGAUGAUAUCCGUUGUGGUUGGCCUACUACAAUUACUGUUCAAACAAAGGAUCAGUAUGGUGAUGUGGUUCAUGUUCCUAAUAUGAAGGUUGAAGUGAAGGCUGUUCCUGUUUCUCAGAAAAAAACAUCUUUGCAACAAGAACAAGUGAAGAAGCUUCAAAGGAUUCCAGGCAGUCCUUCAGCACCAGCUACUUCCAUGAGUCCUGAUAUGACUUUUGGGGGGCUUGCAUCACCAAAACUUGAUGCUUCUUAUGAACCAAUGAUUGUAAAGGAAGCUCGUUAUAUAGCCAUUACUAUGAUGAAGGUUUAUGAAAACUAUUCUUUUGAAGAGUUGCGUUUUGCUUCACCAACACCUAAAAGACCAAGUGAAAAUAUGUUGAUCAGAGUCAACAACGAUGGCACUUACUGUGCAAACUGGACUCCAGGGGCCAUUGGACUCUACACUAUUCAUGUUACUAUUGACAGUAUUGAAAUAGAUGCUGGCUUAGAAGUGAAAGUGAAAGAUCCACCAAAAGGAAUGAUCCCACCUGGAACUCAGUUGAUCAAACCAAAGGCUGAACCUCAGCCAAAUAAGGUUCGAAAAUUUGUGGCCAAGGACAGUGCAGGGCUCCGUAUCCGUAGCCACCCUUCCCUUCAGAGUGAACAGAUAGGCAUAGUAAAAGUCAAUGGAACCAUCACUUUUAUUGACGAGAUCCACAAUGAUGAUGGUGUAUGGCUGAGACUGAAUGAUGAGACAAUAAAGAAGUAUGUACCUAACAUGAAUGGUUACACUGAAGCCUGGUGCCUCUCUUUUAACCAGCAUCUUGGCAAGAGCCUUCUGGUCCCUGUUGACGAAACUAAGUCUAAUACUGAGGACUUUUUCAAAGACCUGAAUUCUCGCUGCACACAAGAAGCAGUAAUGCAAGAACAAGAUAUGCCAUUCCUCCGAGGUGGGCCAGGAAUGUAUAAGGUAGUGAAGACGGGACCAUCAGGUCACAACAUCAGAAGCUGCCCUAACCUUAGAGGUAUCCCAAUUGGAAUGUUAGUACUGGGAAACAAAGUCAAAGCAGUAGGAGAGGUAACCAAUUCUGAAGGUACAUGGGUUCAGCUGGAUAAGAACAGCAUGGUAGAGUUCUGUGAGAGUGAUGAAGGAGAGGCAUGGUCCUUAGCUAGAGACAGAGGCGGAAAUCAGUACCUCCGACAUGAAGAUGAACAAGUUCUUCUGGAUCAGAAUUCUCAAACUCCUCCUCCAAGCCCUUUCUCAGUACAAGCUUUCAAUAAAGGGGCAGGUAACAAUGCCCAAGGAUUUGAUUAUGGACUUGGGAAUAACAAAGGUGACCGAGGAAAUUUCUCCAUAGCCUCUAGACCAGCUUCUCCAGCAGGAAAAUCAGAUCUAUCCUCUAAACACAGAAUAGAAAGCCGGUCACCUAAGCUUGAUGGACGUGUGAGCAGGACUGCUGCAGAUCAAAAGAAGCCAAGAGGCACAGAGGGCUUGUCUGCUAGUGAAUCCCUAAUGUUGAAAUCUGAUGCUGCAAAGCUGAGGUCAGAUUCCCAUAGUAGGUCUUUAUCUCCCAAUCAUAAUACCUUGCAAACACUAAAAUCUGAUGGGAGAAUCUCUUCUGGCCUUAGAGCCGAGUCUCCAGGGCCAGGAUCUCGAUCAUCUUCUCCUAAGCCAAAGACUCUCCCAUCAAAUAGGUCCAGUCCACCAGGUGCUAGUCCUCCACGCUCCUCUUCUCCACAUGACAAGAAUCUACCUCAGAAAGGCCCUGCUCCUGCUAAGGCAAAGCUUGACCCUCCUCGGGAACGAUCCAAAUCAGACUCCUAUACGCUGGAUCCAGAUACUCUCCGCAAGAAAAAGAUGCCCCUCACAGAACCAUUAAGAGGUCGAUCCACAUCACCUAAGCCAAAAAUAAUACCAAAAGAUUCUAAAGUUUCUCCUGGAACUGAAAAUAGAGCUCCUUCUCCACAUGUCGUGCAAGAAAAUCUUCACAGUGAGGUAGUUGAAGUCUGCACUUCUAGUACCUUAAAAACAAAUAGCAUAACAGACAGCACUUGUGAUGAGAGUACUGAAUUUAAGAGCGUGGACGAGAGCACCAGUAAAGUGCACUUCAGCAUAGGAAAAGCUCCUGUGAAGGAUGAACAGGAAAUGAGAGCCUCUCCAAAGGUAAGCCGAAAAUGUGCAAAUCGGCAUGCCAGGCCCAAAAAGGAAAAGUCAGGCUUCCUUUUCAAAGGAGAUGGAGCCAGACCUUUAGAGCCAGCUAAGCAAGCAAUGUCCCCUUCUGUUGCUGAAUGUGCCAGAGCAGUCUUUGCCUCUUUCCUUUGGCAUGAAGGUAUAGUCCAUGAUGCAAUGGCUUGUUCUUCUUUUCUCAAAUUUAAUCCAGAACUCUCUAAAGAACAUGCUCCAAUAAGAAAUAGUUUGAAUAGUCAACAACCUACAGAAGAAAAAGAAACAAAAUUGAAAAAUAGGCACUCUUUGGAAAUAUCAUCUGCUCUUAAUAUGUUUAAUAUUUCACCUCAUGGACCGGAUAUAUCUAAAAUGGGCAGCAUCAACAAAAAUAAAGUCCUGUCAAUGCUUAAGGAACCACCUCUCCAUGAAAAAUGUGAGGAUGGAAAAACAGAAGCCACUUUUGAAAUGUCCACACACCACACAAUGAAAUCCAAAUCUCCUCUUCCUUUAACCUUGCAACACUUGGUAGCCUUUUGGGAAGACAUCUCUUUGGCUACCAUCAAAGCCGCUUCCCAGAACAUGAUAUUUCCAAGUCCUGGCUCUUGUGCAGUACUUAAAAAGAAAGAAUGUGACAAAGAUAAUAAAAAGACUAAGAAGGAAAAAAAGAAAAAAGAAAAGGCUGAAGCCAGGCCAAGGGGUAAUUUGUUUGGUGAGAUGGCCCAACUUGCUGUGGGGGGACCAGAGAAAGAUACCAUCUGUGAGCUAUGUGGAGAAUCACAUCCCUAUCCAGUAACUUAUCACAUGAGGCAAGCUCAUCCAGGUUGUGGCCGGUAUGCAGGUGGACAAGGUUAUAAUAGCAUUGGACACUUUUGUGGAGGAUGGGCUGGUAACUGUGGUGAUGGUGGCAUAGGAGGAAGCACUUGGUAUCUGGUGUGUGACCGUUGCAGGGAAAAAUACCUCCGUGAAAAGCAAGCAGCAGCAAAGGAGAAGGUAAAACAAUCUAGGAGAAAAACAAUGCAAGUUAAGACUCCUCGUGCCUUGCCCACCAUGGAGGCCCAUCAGGUGAUUAAAGCAAACGCACUCUUCCUAUUGUCCUUGAGUAGUGCUGCCGAACCCAGUAUUCUGUGCUACCAUCCUACUAAACCAUUCCAGUCUCAGCUUCCCAGUGUGAAAGAAGGCAUCUCUGAGGAUCUUCCCAUCAAAAUGCCUUGUCUCUACCUGCAGACAUUAGCUAGGCAUCAUCAUGAAAAUUUCGUGGGAUAUCAGGAUGACAACCUCUUCCAAGAUGAAAUGAGGUAUCUACGUUCAACAUCGGUACCAGCACCAUACAUAUCAGUAACUCCUGAUGCAAGCCCUAAUGUAUUUGAGGAGCCAGAGAGUAAUAUGAAAUCCAUGCCACCAAGUUUAGAGACUAGUCCCAUAACAGAUACUGAUUUGGCAAAACGAACUGUCUUCCAAAGGUCAUACUCAGUUGUUGCCUCAGAAUAUGACAAACAGCAUUCCAUUUUGCCUGCACGCGUUAAGGCCAUUCCUAGAAGAAGAGUUAACAGUGGAGAUACUGAAGUUGGUUCCUCUCUCUUAAGACAUCCUUCUCCUGAGCUUUCUCGACUAAUUUCAGCCCAUAGUUCUCUUUCCAAAGGAGAAAGAAAUUUUCAAUGGCCAGUUUUAGCUUUUGUUAUACAGCAUCAUGAUCUGGAAGGUCUUGAAAUAGCAAUGAAACAGGCCUUACGGAAAUCUGCUUGCCGAGUUUUUGCUAUGGAGGCUUUCAACUGGCUUUUGUGUAAUGUCAUCCAAACAACUUCUCUCCAUGAUAUUCUCUGGCAUUUUGUGGCUUCACUGACCCCUGCUCCAGUGGAACCAGAGGAAGAAGAUGAUGAAGAAAAUAAAGCAAACAAGGAAAAUGCAGAACAAGAGAAAGAUACCAGAGUGUGUGAGCAUCCACUUUCAGACAUAGUGAUUGCCGGUGAAGCUGCUCAUCCUUUGCCACACACAUUCCACCGCUUGCUUCAGACAAUCUCAGACCUUAUGAUGUCUCUCCCCAGUGGCAGCUCAUUACAGCAAAUGGCACUCAGAUGCUGGAGUCUCAAAUUCAAGCAAUCAGACCAUCAGUUCCUCCAUCAGAGCAAUGUUUUUCAUCAUAUUAACAAUAUUCUUUCUAAAUCUGAUGAUGGAGAUAGUGAAGAAAGUUUUAGCAUCAGUAUACAAUCUGGCUUUGAAGCUAUGAGUCAGGAAUCAUGUAUAGUAAUAUGUUUAAAAGACCUAACCAGCAUUGUAGACAUAAAAACAUCAAGCAGACCUGCCAUGAUUGGCAGUUUGACAGAUGGAUCAACCGAAACAUUUUGGGAAUCGGGAGAUGAGGAUAAAAACAAAACUAAGAAUAUCACAAUCAAUUGUGUAAAAGGAAUCAAUGCUCGUUAUGUUUCUGUUCAUGUAGACAAUUCAAGAGACCUUGGGAAUAAAGUGACCGCAAUGACUUUCUUGGCUGGCAAAGCAGUAGAAGAUCUGUGCAGAAUCAAACAGGUUGACCUAGAUUCCAGGCACAUUGGUUGGGUGACAAGUGAACUUCCAGGUGGGGAUAACCACAUCGUAAAAAUUGAAUUGAAGGGCCCAGAGAACACAUUGAGAGUUCGACAAGUUAAAGUCCUGGGCUGGAAAGAUGGAGAAAGCACUAAAAUUGCAGGUCAGAUCUCAGCUAGUGUGGCCCAGCAAAGAAACUGUGAAGCAGAGACUCUACGAGUAUUCAGACUUAUUACUUCCCAGGUAUUUGGAAAACUUAUCUCAGGAGAUGCUGAACCUACACCAGAACAAGAGGAAAAAACACUUCUGUCUUCACCUGAAGGAGAGGAAAAAGUACACAAUGCAACAUCAGAUGCUGACCUGAAAGAACACAUGGUUGGAAUCAUAUUCAGUAGGAGUAAGCUAACAAAUUUACAAAAGCAGGUAUGUGCCCAUAUAGUCCAGGCCAUUAGAAUGGAAGCCACCCGAGUACGUGAAGAGUGGGAACAUGCAAUUUCCAGCAAGGAGAAUGCUAAUUCUCAGCCCAAUGAUGAAGAUGCCUCCUCUGAUGCAUAUUGCUUUGAACUGCUCUCCAUGGUCCUAGCAUUGAGUGGGUCCAAUGUGGGUCGACAGUACCUUGCUCAGCAACUAACUCUUCUUCAAGAUCUUUUUUCAUUGCUGCACACAGCCUCCCCUAGAGUGCAGAGACAGGUGACCUCUUUGCUAAGACGGGUUUUGCCUGAAGUGACUCCUAAUCGCCUGGCCAGCAUCAUAGGCGUGAAGUCCCUUCCACCAGCUGAUAUUAGUGAUAUAAUUCAUUCAACAGAAAAAGGAGACUGGAAUAAACUAGGUAUCUUGGAUAUGUUCCUGGGAUGCAUAGCCAAAGCCCUCACAGUACAGUUAAAGGCCAAAGGAACUACCAUCACAGGAACAGCUGGCACUGCUGCAGGGAAAGGAGUUACAACAGUUACCCUUCCAAUGAUUUUCAAUUCCAGUUAUAUUCGACGAGGUGAAAGCCAUUGGUGGAUGAAGGGCUCAACUCCCACCCAGAUUUCAGAGAUCAUUAUUAAACUUAUAAAGGACAUGGCAGCAGGUCAUCUAUCUGAAGCAUGGUCCCGUGUUACCAAAAAUGCCAUUGCAGAAACCAUCAUCGCCUUGACAAAAAUGGAAGAAGAAUAUAGAUCUCCAGUGAGAUGUAUUGCCACAACCAGGCUCUGGCUGGCCCUGGCAUCACUGUGUGUUCUAGAUCAGGAUCAUGUGGAUCGGCUCUCUUCAGGAAGAUGGAUGGGAAAGGAUGGACAACAGAAACAAAUGCCUAUGUGUGAUAACCACGACGAUGGUGAAACUGCCGCAAUCAUCUUAUGCAAUGUGUGUGGAAAUCUGUGCACCGACUGUGACAGAUUCCUCCAUCUUCAUCGCCGAACCAAAACUCAUCAGAGACAGGUCUUCAAAGAAGAGGAAGAGGCUAUUAAGGUUGACCUUCAUGAGGGCUGUGGUAGAACCAAACUCUUCUGGUUAAUGGCACUAGCAGACUCUAAAACUAUGAAGGCAAUGGUAGAGUUCAGAGAACAUACAGGUAAACCUACCACAAGUAGCUCCGAAGCAUGCCGUUUCUGUGGUUCCAGGAGUGGAACAGAGUUGUCUGCUGUUGGCAGUGUCUGUUCUGAUGCUGAUUGUCAGGAAUAUGCUAAAAUAGCCUGUAGCAAGACACAUCCUUGUGGCCAUCCUUGUGGCGGCGUCAAAAAUGAAGAACACUGUUUACCGUGUCUGCAUGGCUGUGAUAAAAAUGCCACAACACUUAAGCAGGAUGCUGAUGACAUGUGUAUGAUAUGCUUCACUGAGGCACUUUCAGCAGCACCAGCUAUUCAGUUGGAUUGUAGUCACAUAUUCCACCUGCAGUGCUGUCGACGAGUUUUAGAAAACAGAUGGCUCGGGCCCCGGAUAACAUUUGGAUUUAUAUCUUGUCCUAUCUGCAAGAACAAAAUAAAUCAUACGGUAUUAAAAGACCUGCUUGAUCCAAUCAAAGAACUCUAUGAAGAUGUCAGGAGAAAGGCCUUAAUGAGAUUGGAAUAUGAAGGACUGCACAAGAGUGAGGCUAUCACAACACCAGGCGUUAGGUUUUAUAAUGACCCUGCUGGUUACGCCAUGAAUAGAUAUGCAUAUUAUGUCUGCUACAAAUGCAAGAAGGCAUAUUUUGGUGGUGAAGCUCGCUGUGAUGCUGAAGCUGGGCAAGGGGAUGACUAUGAUCCUAGAGAGCUGAUUUGUGGAGCAUGUUCUGAUGUAUCCAGGGCUCAGAUGUGUCCCAAACACGGUACAGAUUUCUUAGAGUACAAAUGCCGCUACUGCUGCUCUGUGGCUGUGUUUUUCUGUUUUGGAACAACACAUUUUUGUAAUGCAUGUCAUGAUGAUUUUCAAAGAAUGACAAGCAUCCCCAAAGAAGAACUUCCACACUGUCCUGCAGGUCCCAAAGGCAAACAAUUGGAAGGAACAGAAUGUCCACUACAUGUUGUCCAUCCACUUACUGGAGAAGAAUUUGCUCUGGGUUGUGGGGUUUGUAGAAAUGCUCACACAUUUUAGACCAUCUAAUUUUAUUUGCCUGAAAAAACAGCUGCCCUUGUCAGGAAGAGAAUACAGUGGACUCUAUACACUUCUCAGGAUGAGGAUGGGACCAUUUUAAAAUUUAAAAAAAAAAUUACAGUGCAAGAAGGAUGCCAAAUACCAUGUACAUAAUUCUUGCUGUGGAAAAAAAAAUGCCUUUUUUUUUUAACCAAGACAUCCACUUUGUGAGAUGUUUGCAUGUGGCCAUUACAGUCAUCGGCUAUGAAGCAUUGGAUAUUUAUAGAUAAUUGAUAUAAAAGGAUCACCAUGCCCAUAGACUACAAAUGAUGCUGGCUGUCAGGCAAAGAAAAUUUUAAAAAAAAUCAUUGGUUAUUGUAUACUGACUUUUUGUAAACCUGUACAAUUGUAACUGCAUCACGGGAGGGGGUAAAAAGAAGAAUAUUCUGGUUUAUUUCCUAGACUGUUAUAAAAAUUGUGUUUGGAAGGCAUAUUAAUGUAAUAAGCAUCACACUGUAUAUAAAGAUAUCAAUGUUUGUCCUGUAUAAGAAUUACUAAAUUACAAAAGCAAUUUCAUUUAAACUUCUAGGUUAUGUUUGAGCCUGAAAUUUUAAUGAAGUGCAAUACUGAGUGUGCCUCAUAUCUUGCAGCUGUAAACAUAAUGGAAUGUACAUGUCAAUAAAGCCACUGUACAUUUUUAUACAGUGAUAAAGUCUGA